AAGCAAUACUCCCUGUCAAUCGCAUUGUUUCUGCCAAUUACUUCGCCCGGUCUGCCUAGGUUGGACCGUCGUUGCCAUGCAAAGUACGCUACUCCUACCCUCCCAUGUCGUUCGGUCCUGUCGCUUAAUUGCCGGUCGCCGAUACGCUCCCUCGUUGACAGCCUCCUCUCGCCAUUUCCAUCAAUCUGUUCUCCGCUAUUCUGAGUCGUCUCCCGAUCCCAAUGGCUCGUCGGAUCCAAACUCCGAUACUCGAAACGGCGUCAAGCCCGUCGGCGUGAACACGCAGGCUCCCGAACAUGUCAAAGAUUCGACAGAAUCGAAAGAAUCGAAUCAGUCAUCCGCCGGGCGAAAAAGCUAUAUAUCAGGUCUUCGUCGUACAUGGAAGGAUAGGAAAUCUUUGUCGGACGAUGUGCCGAUCACAGCUACAAUUCCGCAAUGGUUUGUAGAUACGAACGUUGUCACGUACGCGCAGGCGGUCGAUAGUACAUUGCCUCUUCAGGUCCAUAUCAACCAAAAACAGGCUUCCUCGAAGCAAUCAAUACCGACUCCGUCAUCUUCAUUACCGUCUGAUGAUGUUACAAACGCUACACAACAAAGUACAUCGGAAGUAUUGAACAAAGAAAGCGAGAAUGAAAAUUCCAGCGGAGAGGCGCCUGAGUCAACUACCAUCGACAGCCGUUAUACGAUAAGUCAUGAUGUAUGGGUCAGACUAAAAUUGUCGGUCAGAGCAGGAUUUGCAACUCCGUCAGCGAAGUAUGCCAAUGACCCAGCAACGGAAAAAUCGCACCUUCUUCUACAGUAUCCCCAUAGGAGAAAAGAGGCCAAUGUGGAUGUCAUUGGAGGGAGCCUGUUCUUACAUGCCGUGGUCCAAAGAUUAGCAAAGGAGGAAAAGGCAGAUCUGGUGACGCUGAACGCGCAAGAUAUCGCGAGGCUGUGCAGUGAGCAAGCAAGGGCCGAAGGAAAAUCAUCGUCGUCAAUUCGGAACCUAGGUUAUGAGAUCUACAAUACUUGGAAUAAGAAGCGCAGACUGGAUAUGGAACCUGUGUCUGAUAAAGACGAUGGCCCCGGUGACGGCAGUGAUACCUCGAUUUCGCUUUCCGACUCCGGUGUACGUCCGCAUAUAGUACCUAUUGAGGUCAGUCUUCCAGAUACACAACUUCCCAAUUGGUUAUUAUCAUCCUUUGGUGCCAGUACGGACGGCACAGGACCUCGCGUAUCCCGUACCGAAAUUGGUGCAUGGAUGCGCGUCAUUGACCAAUUGACCUCUUUAUCUUUCCAAGCCAAACCUGCUGCCACUGAUAGCACUUCUACACCGCCUACCGAAACUGUUGAGAAGUCUGACGCGCCCCCAAAAACGAUCAUUCAUAUACAAGAUUAUGUAGAGUUAAUGCACACUCGAGAAGGCUCAAAGUUUUUGAAACUGUUACUGGACGCGAUCCAUAGCCGCCGACGCCAUGGAUACAAAAUAUUACUGGUUGGAACAUCCUCGGGAUAUCGAGAUCUAUACUUUGACAGGGAGAUGUCUCCGCUACCAAUCGUUGAGCAAACGAGGCUUUACCUCGAUAGCUCAGCUAGACCAUUCGCUUCCCCCAUCGCUGUCUUUCCCUCGAUGGAUCCGAAGGAAUUAAAUCUCAAAUUUGCAGAGGAUCGCAGCUCUCGAAUACGGAAUAUCAACAUACGGCAUCUUCAGGAUAUGCUCCGUCUGCGGGUGGAUGCAGAUACAACUGUCAUAGAUGACAGCGUAUUUGAUACCACUUCUUGGCCUAGCGACAUAGACUCCUGCACCCCACUCUAUGCGCUAAAUGUCGACUACUUGGGAUAUACUCGAGUACAUAAUCUUAGUUCAAUGAUCAUGGGUGCCGUGCAACCCAAUGAAAAAUUGAGUUUCAAGCACAUUCGGCUGGCAUUUAUGACCGAAACCAUGCAUAGAAGAUCUUGUGAAAAUUGGUACUCGCCUUCGAGAUCGGCACGACCUGCGGUGUCGGGUAUUGAUGAGAAAUCAGAACUUGAGGAAGUGUUUCGACCUUCAAAAUUGGAUACGAUCUCACAACUUGAGUGUAACAAAUAUGAGAAAAAGCUUUUGGGUGGCGUUGUCGAUGCGGACAAUAUCCGAACGACUUUUUCCGAUGUCCACGUGCCGUCUGAGACGGUGGAGGCUCUCAAGACACUGACUUCUCUGUCCUUGAAGAGGCCAGAUGCCUUCACCUAUGGUGUGCUUGCAUCUGAUAAGAUACCGGGAAUGUUGCUAUACGGGCCGCCUGGGACUGGAAAGACAUUACUCGCGAAGGCGGUAGCUCGAGAGAGCGGUGCAACAGUCCUGGAGGUCAGUGGAUCUGACAUAUACGACAUGUAUGUUGGUGAAGGUGAAAAGAACGUUAAGGCCAUCUUCACCCUUGCGAAAAAGCUCAGUCCAUGCGUCGUUUUCAUUGAUGAAGCAGACGCCAUCUUUGGAUCUCGGAAUCAAAGCCGAAAUCGGUUUUCGUCUCACCGGGAGCUUAUCAACCAGUUCCUCCGGGAAUGGGAUGGUAUGAAUGACAUGUCGGCCUUUAUCAUGGUGGCAACGAACAGACCUUUCGAUCUCGACGACGCUGUCCUUCGACGACUUCCACGGAGACUCCUGGUCGAUCUACCUGUAGAACAAGACCGAGAAGCGAUUCUCAAAAUACACUUGAAGAAUGAGCAACUAGACCCUUCUGUCGAUCUCGCGGAUCUGGCACGAAGAACUCCCUUUUAUUCCGGAUCUGAUCUCAAAAAUGUCUGUGUAGCCGCUGCCUUGACUUGUGUCCGCGAGGAAUACGAGAAGAAAACUCAGCAUACAGGUGAUACACCAUACCAAUACCCGGAACGACGCACCCUUACACAAGCACACUUUGAGCGUGCCAUGGAAGAGAUCAGCGCAUCGAUCAGCGAGGAUAUGUCAUCUCUCGAUGAGAUUCGCAAAUUUGACGAAAAAUUUGGUGAUAGCAAAGGCAGGCGCAGUAAAAAGGCAUCUUGGGGUUUUAUGCCUCUUAGCGAUACCCAAGCACCGAUGGAUACGCCCCGUGUGCUGACUGCGGAGGUGAAGCAGAAACGAGAAGCCGCUGUGCGGGAGGCAAAACAAUACGUUCGGGAUGUGGUUCGUGUGGACUGGUCCUACGACCCGCCUUCGACACUUUGGACGACAGGAGCGACUUCAAAUUCACUAACCGCAGAAACAUCAUCAACCAGUGCAGGUACACACAUCCGCACAGAGUUGCGACAACCAAAUAUUGCCCAAUGGCGGAUACGAGAACCUGCGAGUUCUGAGUCAGAUUCCGAUCUUGACCCGGCUUUACGCAAAGCUAUUGAAACUCAUAAUCGUCGAAAAGAAGAUCCCUACAGGUUCGAAAGUCCCGAUGCUAUCAAGACCUCGGUGCUGGAUCGUGGUCGAAGACGUAGGGCAGAUUUGGAGCAGGAGAUGAAGUGGAACCCAGGGCUAAGAUUUUAUAUAGAAAGGCGGGAUGCGUGGACUGGAGCUAGAAAACGACGGGAUGUUGAACAGCGAUCGACAAGCAAGCAGCAGGCAGUGAUCGAUAUUUUGUCAAAAGAGAUGAAGAACGCGAAAGCCGUGGAGUCGGACGGUGAUACCAGUGCGAAGGUCGAGUCGUUAGACGAGGCAGCUUCGUCAGCACAGCAAUCGAGAGAUCUGCUCGAGGAUUUGAGCUUGUCCGAGAACAAGUCAAGAGAUACGACUACAACAACUGUCGACAGCAACAUUACUCCGAACGAUAGCUCUGGACUGGAUGGGAGUACCGGCGAUGAUGGAGAUAUUGACGGUUACGAUGCGGACCGCAGCUACGACUCGGACGAGUCCAUGAUUCCAGUAAUGGAAUCCUUUAUCGACAAUUCCAACUGCGUUAGGUCCUCUAUAACACCAGCUUUAUAUGCCUCGUUAUAUACCAAAGUGGUUGUCCAGGGUCUCACCCCAACAAUCCCCAUCAAUUUAUCAGACGUCACAAAAGCGCUAGUCGCAGGAUGGAAGGCAGAUGGUCAAUGGCCCCCGAAACCCACUAUUCCUCCACCAGGAUCCGACGUCCCAGCUCGGAAGAAGGGUACAAAAGCACAAUCAUCUACAAAAAAUGACGACGCCACUGCCACUGGAGUCGUCGGACGACCACCACCUACUGCUACCACUGCUGGGCGAAGGACAAGUUUCAGUAAUCAAGCGACCAGCGCAGUGAAAAAGGUUUUGGGGUUAUCGGGUCACUCGUUUCAUCUUCGUCGAUCGAGUCGUAGUUCAGUGAAUGCCGAUUCCAAUGUUCCGGAUCGGUUGUCGUCCGUGGCUGAUGCUGUUCCGACUGAUGUCCUCAUGGUAGAAGAGGAGCAGGAUCAGGAUAUGAAACGUGCAUUUGGCUGUUGA